UAAUUUUUGUAAAUAUUUUAGAAACGUAAUAAUGUCUUCUAUUGAUACCAAUUGUUUAACCUUAAACCGGUUUAUCCUUCAAGAGCAAAGGAACCAUCCCAAUGCAUCUGGGGAUCUUACACAUUUGUUAAACUCCAUUAUGACAGCAGUAAAAGCUAUUUCCUCUGCUGUCAGAAGGGCUGGUAUGACAAAAAUGUUUGGUGUAGCUGGACACGAAAAUACAACAGGAGACAAAGUGCAAAAACUGGACGUCCUGUCGAAUGAGCUGUUUGUCAACAUGUUGCGAUCCUCAUACACAGUGUGUGCUAUGGUCUCAGAAGAGAACGAGAACAUUAUUGAGGUUGAAACUGACAAACAAGGAAAGUAUAUUGUCUACUUUGAUCCCCUGGAUGGAUCAUCAAAUAUUGAUUGCUUGGUUUCCAUUGGAUCAAUAUUUUCCAUUUCCAGAAAGACAACCAGUGGACCAGUGACUAAGGCAGAUGUUUUACAACCAGGAAAAGAUUUUGUAGCUUCAGGAUAUGCUUUGUAUGGAAGUGCGACCAUGGUGGUUCUCACCACUGGAAAUGGUGUCAAUGGAUUUACUUUGGAUCCGUCGAUUGGUGAAUUCUUACUAACCGAACCUGACAUGAAGAUCAAACCACGUGGAAAAAUUUACAGUUUGAAUGAAGGUUACAGUUCUCAGUUUGAGGAACCACUGAAGAAUUAUCUUCAAUCUAUUAAAUUUCCAAGCGGAGACAAAAAAGCAUACGGUUCUCGCUAUAUCGGAUCAAUGGUAGCUGACAUGCAUCGCACGAUUAAAUAUGGCGGAAUAUUUAUGUACCCUGCAAACAAAGCUAGCCCGAAGGGGAAGUUACGUUUACUGUACGAAUGUAAUCCUAUGGCUCACAUUGUCGAGCAAGCCGGUGGCAUGGCAACCGAUGGUAAACAACGGAUCCUGGAUAUCAUUCCCGCAGAUUGUCACGACCGCGCCCCUAUUUUUAUCGGUUCAAAAGAAGAUGUUGAAGAUUAUUUGAAAUUUGUCAAAUAAAUAAUUAAUUUUUGUAGUUGUAUUUUAUCAUGGAAGAAAUAAAAAUAAUUUCUAAUUGUAA